GUGCCGUUCUACUUCUCGCGGAUCAAUUCCUUCAAUCAACAAUCUGCACGCUGAUUGCCUGCUGGGGACUAUCGAGCCAUGGCGGUACUUACAACGCGCAGUGGUGGCGCAUUCGACCGCACACCCUUCGAGGCACUAGUUAAACGUCGACUGUUCUACACUCCGUCUUUCGAAAUAUACAGAACUGCGAGCGGUUUCGUGGGAGACACUAAGGGACUUUUUGAUUAUGGCCCCCCGGGCUGUGCACUGCAGGCGAAUAUAGUGGAUACCUGGAGGAAGCACUUCGUGCUGGAGGAGAAUAUGUUGGAGGUCGAUUGCACUGUUCUUACGCCAGAAGAGGUAUUCAAGACCAGCGGACAUGUGGACAAAUUCUCGGAUUGGAUGUGCAAAGAUUCCAAGAACGGCGAUUAUUUGCGGGCAGAUCACCUCAUUGAGAAUGUCCUGGAGGCCAGAUUGAAGGGGGACAAGGCUGCUCGGGGCGUAUCGACAGAAGAAGACAAAGAGAAGGAUAAUGACCCCGCCAAUGCAAAGAAAAAGAAGCGUGCCGUGAAGGAUGUGAAGGUGGUCAAGUUGGAUGAUGACGUUGCUAGGGAGUAUGAGGAGAUUCUUGCGCGGAUUGAUAACUACGAUGGAACAGAACUGGGACAGCUCAUAAAGAAGCACGAUAUACGAAACCCAGACGGGAAUAACGAAGUCCUUCCACCCGUUCCAUUCAACCUAAUGUUCAAAACGUCGAUUGGUCCUAGCAGUGGUUCCAUAGGCUAUCUCCGACCUGAAACAGCACAAGGUCAAUUCGUCAACUUCAAGAAACUUCUAGAGUUCAAUCAAGGCACUAUGCCAUUCGCUUCUGCAUCGAUCGGCAAGUCAUAUCGAAACGAAAUUUCGCCGCGAACUGGCCUUCUGCGGGUACGAGAGUUUCUCAUGGCCGAAGUGGAACAUUUCGUCGAUCCAGAGGGCGGUAAAAAGCAUGUAAGGUUCGACGAAGUAGAAAAUAUGGAAGUUCUACUCCUCGACCGGCAUACACAACUGGCUGGCAACACCGAAACCAAGGUCAUGACUAUUGGCGACGCGGUCAAGUCUAAAGUAAUAGACAACGAAACACUAGGCUAUUUCGUAGGCAGAAUACACAUGUUCCUCGAGAAGAUCGGCGUCGAUAUGAAAAAACUACGAUUCCGCCAACACAUGGCCAACGAAAUGGCCCACUACGCUGCUGACUGUUGGGAUGCGGAGCUCCUGACGAGCUACGGCUGGAUUGAGUGCGUAGGAUGUGCAGAUCGUAGCGCCUACGACUUGUCAGUCCAUUCUAAGCGAACCGGAGAAGCUUUGGUCGUUAGAGAGGCGCGAGAGCAUCCACUGAAGAUAGAAGAAUGGCAGGUGGACAUAGACAAAAAGAAGCUAGGCCCGAAGUUUAGAAAAGGCGCCAAGGCAGUGGAAGAAGCUAUAGAAGCUGUCACGCAGCAGCAACGAGAGACCUUCCAUGAGAUUCUAAAGAAAGACGGGGUCAUUACCAUAGAUGUGCCUGGUCUUCCCGAAGGGAAGGCGGAUCUUGACAAGAGCCUAAUUGACAUCGUACGGCGGACCAGAGUCGAAAAUACUAGAGAUUAUACCCCAAACGUCAUCGAACCAUCAUUUGGAAUUGGUCGGAUACUCUACUGUCUCUUGGAACAUACAUACUGGCAUCGUCCGGGAGACGUAGCUCGUGGGGUUCUUUCAAUACCUCCAUUGGUUGCUCCAACCAAAGUACUCCUAGUUCCUUUAUCAAGAUCGCCGGAAUUCAAGCCAUAUGUGAAGAAGCUCUCAUCACGUCUUCGCACCCUUGGCAUCUCUCAUAACGUGGAUGAUUCAUCAGCAAGUAUUGGCAAGCGAUAUUCUCGAAACGAUGAACUCGGCACCCCGUUUGGCAUCACCGUGGAUUUCGACACAGUAAAAGAUGAGACCAUCACACUACGGGAAAGAGAUACUACCAAACAAGUACGAGCAUCAGUCGAUGAUGUACUAGGAGCCGUGGUGAAUUUGGUAAAUGGCACUGAGAUUUGGGCGGAUGUAGUCAAGAGAUUGCCGGAGUUCGUGGGGCAAAGUGAGGAUGAAUAGCCAGGCUAUUGGUUUCGUUAAGUAAUACAGAACAUCUGAGUCUCGUCCUAUAAAAUAGUGUUUGAGUUCGUUUUUUGUACAGGACUUGCCCUAGAGAUGUCUUCGAGCCUUCUCUCCGCCAACUAGGCCAGUACCUGACCACCGGUAACUUGUCCAACGUGUGCAUAAUGCAACGCGUACGUGUCGUUAUUUCCAU